GGCGGGUCCGCAGCUGGCGACGCCCGGGCCCGGGGCGCGGGCUGUGGCAGCAGCUGCAGCAGCGGCGGAGGCAGCAGCGCCAGGAGGUGCUGCUGCAGAGGCGGAGACUGCUCCUGGACGCGGUGGGGCCGCGCAGCCGGAGCCCCAGCCCGGAGGAGCUGGACGGGGUGUUGGAGGCGGCUGCUGCUGCUGUUGCCGCCCCCCCGCCGCCGCCUGGGCCCCCGCUGCCACCCGGACCGCGACUGCUGACUGCGCCCCCGCCGACCCCGCCCGCUUGUGCGCCCCAGCCAGGACGCCGCCCCCGGCCGGGUCUCCACUUCUCAGCCGCACCUUCCAUGACAGCACCCGCUCGAAGAUGGCUGCGAAGGGCGCGCACGGCUCCCACCUGAAGGUGGAGGGCGAGUUGGAGCGCUGCCGCGCUGAAGGCCACUGGGAUCGCAUGCCCGAGCUGGUCCGUCAACUGCAGACGCUGACUAUGCCCGGCGGCAGUGGCAGCAGCCGGCGAGGCAGCCCGAGCGCCAGGUUCACAACUCUGGACACCGAUGACUUUGGGAAAUUAUUGCUGGCAGAGGCCCUCCUGGAGCAAUGUUUGAAGGAGAACCACGCCAAAAUAAAGGACUCCAUCCCUUUGCUGGAAAAGAACGAACAUAGGAUAAAUGAAGCCAAAAAUUAUCUGAGCACUAUCCUUAACCAAGGGAAGCUGCCGCCACAGUACAUGUGUGAGGCCAUGUUGAUCCUGGGCAAGCUGCAUUACGUGGAGGGAUCCUACCGAGAUGCCAUCAGCAUGUAUGCCCGGGCUGGGAUCGAUGACAUGUCCGUGGAGAACAAGCCCCUGUAUCAGAUGCGGCUGCUGGCAGAGGCAUUUGUCAUCAAAGGCCUCUCUCUGGAACGCCUGCCCAACUCCAUUGCCUCCCGCUGCCGCCUGACUGAGCGGGAGGAGGAAGUAGUCGCCUGCUUCGAGAGGGCCUCCUGGGUGGCUCAGGUAUUCUUGCAGGAACUGGAGAAGACCACAAAUAACAACACGUCAAGGCACCUGAAAGGCUCUCCCCCCGCUGACUAUGAGCUCUCCUACUUCCUGGAAGCGGCUCUCCAGAGUGCUUAUGUGAAGAACCUGAAGAAGGGGAACAUUGUGAAAGGCAUGAGGGAGCUCCGAGAAGUUCUGCGGACUGUGGAGACCAAAGCAACGCAGAAUUUCAAAGUGAUGGCGGCCAAGCACCUGGCGGGGGUGCUGCUGCACUCGCUGAGUGAGGAGUGCUACUGGAGCCCCCUGUCCCACCCUCUGCCUGAGUUCAUGAGCAAGGAGGAGAAUUCCUUCAUCACACAGACCCUGCGGAAACCUCACCUCUAUGAAGGGGACAACCUCUACUGCCCAAAGGAUAACAUAGAAGAGGCCCUCCUGCUGCUGCUCAUCAGUGAGUCAAUGGCAACUCGGGAUGUGGUGCUGAGCCGGGCGCCUGAGGAGGAGGAGGACAGGACAGUGAGCCUGCAGAAUGCUGCAGCCAUCUAUGACCUCCUGAGCAUCACUCUGGGCAGAAGGGGCCAGUACAUCAUGCUCUCAGAGUGCCUGGAGCGAGCCAUGAAGUUUGCGUUUGGAGAAUUUCAUCUUUGGUACCAGGUGGCCCUCUCCAUGGUGGCUUGUGGGAAGUCAGCCUAUGCUGUGUCACUGCUGCGGGAGUGCAGGAAGCUGCGGCCCUUGGACCCCACUGUCCCCCUGAUGGCCGCCAAGGUCUGCAUCGGGUCCCUUCACUGGCUGGAGGAGGCAGAGCACUUUGCCAUGAUGGUGAUCAGUCUUGGGGAGGAAGCUGGGGAGUUCCUUCCCAAGGGCUACCUGGCCCUGGGUCUCACCUACAGCCUGCAGGCCACCGACGCCACACUGAAGUCUAAGCAAGAUGAGCUGCACCGCAAGGCUCUGCAGACACUGGAAAGAGCCCAGGAACUGGCACCUGAUGACCCCCAGAUCAUCCUCUAUGUCUCCCUGCAGUUGGCCCUCGUUCGACAGAUCUCUAGUGCAAUGGAGCAGCUGCAAGAGGCCCUGACGGUGUGCAGGGAUGAUGCCAACGCCCUCCAUCUGCUAGCGUUGCUCUUCUCCGCCCAGAAGCACCAUCAGCACGCGCUGGAAGUCAUCAACAUGGCCAUCACUGAGUACCCUGAGAACUUCAGCUUGAUGUUCACCAAGGUGAAGUUGGAGCAGAUACUGAAAGGCCCAGAGGAAGCCCUUGUGACCUGCAGACAAAUGCUGAGGCUGUGGCAGACCCUAUACAGCUUCUCCCAGCUGGGAAGUCUAGAAAAGGAUGGCAGCUUUGGUGAUGGCCUUAUGGUGAAGAAACAGAGUGGCAUGCACCUGACUUUGCCUGAUGCCCACGAUGCAGACUCUGGCUCUCGGCAGGCAUCAUCCAUUGCAGCUUCACGGCUAGAAGAGGCCAUGUCAGAACUGACCAUUCCCACCUCUGUCCUGAAACAGGGCCCCGUGCAACUGUGGACCACACUGGAACAGAUCUGGCUCCAGGCUGCUGAGCUGUUCAUGGAGCAGAGACACCUCAAGGAAGCAGGUUUCUGCAUCCAGGAGGCAGCAGGCCUCUUUCCCACCUCUCACUCAGUGCUCUACAUGCGGGGCCAGCUGGCUGAAGUAAAGGGCAACUUGGAAGAGGCCAAGCAGCUGUACAAGGAGGCACUCACAGUGAACCCAGAUGGUGUGCGCAUCAUGCACAGUCUGGGUAUGAUGCUGAGUCGGCUGGGCCACAAAAGCCUGGCCCAGAAAGUGCUGCGGGACGCUGUGGAGAGGCAGAGCAUCUGCCAUGAGGCAUGGCAGGGCCUGGGUGAGGUGCUGCAGGCCCAAGGCCAGAAUGAGGCCGCUGUCGACUGCUUCCUCACAGCCCUGGAGCUGGAGGCCAGCAGCCCCGUGCUACCCUUCACCAUCAUCCCCAGAGAGCUCUGAGUUACAUGGCGGCAGCAGAGGCUGCCCAGCAUGGGUGGCAGGGAGGGAUAAUAGCAUUCAGGUGCAGAGCCCAAGGUAAUACAUCACUAGUCAGCACUUCUGCUGCUUGCAUUCCUAGUUCUC